UUGGCACUUCUGACGCUUUUUUAAUUUUUUCCCUUUUUCAUUAUUUACUUUCUCCGCUGACAAAUAAAUCUAAAGUCCUCGAUCAAAUUUUCAGAUUCCACGGCCUUUCAUUCUCGUCCUCUCUCUGCACCAACUUACUCUGAUUCCAUUCAGACUCAGGUCGACAAAUGGGGAAAAGGAAAUCAAAGGCGAAGCCACCACCUAGGAAGCGUAUGGACAAGCUUGAUACUGUUUUCAGUUGCCCCUUCUGCAACCAUGGUACCGGUGUUGAAUGUCGAAUUGAUAUGAAGAAUUUGAUUGGUGAGGCUAUAUGCAGCAUCUGCCAGGAGAGCUUUAGCACCACGGUCACAGCUUUAACUGAACCCAUCGACAUAUAUAGUGAAUGGAUUGAUGAAUGCGAGCGGGUUAACAGCCUUGAGGACGAUGGUGCUUGAGGAGUGGUUCAGCUGGGGUGAAUACAGAGGACCCAAAUAUAUGUUAUCGUGUUAUGCACUUGCCCGACCAGAUGUAGUAUAAAAGGACCAUAUGGUUCUCUGUAGAAGAUAUCUGAAUCUAAGUAUUUCGGCCUAUGGUAUUGCAUCUACUUCAAUGCUCAAGCUGUUUACAUCCAUGUUUAAAGAAUAACGCACGCUGAAGUUGUAUUUGAGGAUAUAAAAAUUCCUCUAGCUUUUAUGUUGAAAAGUUCUGGUAUCUUUUGAGUAUCUUCAUCUUUACCCUUGAAUUGAUCUGUCAUCGUGAAUUUAGUAUAUCAGCUUCUUGAAAUUCCCUUGA